AGACGGGUUGCUGUGUCUCCUGUGUACCAAUGAACAGCUGCCGUCGGGGCGUGAUGACCUUUUUAGUCUCCCGGCGGUCAGGUAUGGAGAGGGGGCGGAGACACAGGAGGAGCAGCCUUGUGUCGGACUGGUCCCGACGUCCCGGACAAUAAAUGGCCGUGAGCCGACCGAGAGCGGCGGUGUGAGGCGAGUGAGUUUCCUUUAUUCUCAGCACGGCCGCAUCAAGAGCUUCCUCCAUGCUCACAUAGCGGGGCCAAGAGGCGCGCUUCUUCAUCCUCUCUGUCAGUAACCUACAUUUUUAUCUCUCUGGGAGGAUGAGGGAGUCCUGUUGACACCACGGAGAGAUACACGCUGAGACCGACUAUGGCUGUGGACGCGGCGUCCAGCUUCAGUUUUUGCCGUGCCUCCCUGGAGCACACGGUGUCUGCUGAGGAGCUGAGCUACCAGCUGCCGCGUCGGGCCGGAGGCAGCAACCUGACCUGGCACGACGGCCGCGGCCAGAAGACAGCGCACACGCGCACCGUCAAAUUACUGCAGCAGCCGGGCACAGAGGGCAUCCAGCUGCAUCCGGGUGAAGCCUUCACCGUCUAUCACACCAGUCCUACGCUGUCCUGUCUGUCCAAACCUGUGGUGCUGUGGACUCAGCAGGAUGUCUGCAAGUGGCUGAAGAAACACUGUCCUCACAACUACCUGACCUACGUAGAGGCCUUCUCCCAUCACGCUAUCACAGGACGGGCGUUGCUGCGCCUCAACGGGGAGAAGCUGGAGCGGAUGGGAAUCGUCCAGGACUCCCUGAGGCAGGAGGUCCUCCAGCAAGUCCUUCAGCUGCAGGUCAGAGAAGAGGUCCGCAACUUGCAGCUCCUUAGCAGAACCUCCUUUGGAAAUUUCUCUUAGCUCAUCCCAGGAUGUGCUUGGCAGUCCUUCCCCUCGUCUCCUGUCACAAUACAUCUCCAGGAGCUGCGGAAGAGCUGCUAUCUCCAGACAUGUGAGCAGAGAAUCAACGAGUGAAAGCAGGGGGAGGACGAGCCUAUAGACUCUAUGCCAACUGGUCUGGAGGAUUCCCAUUCAAUGCAGCCAAUCUGCUUUACAGGCACUAUGACAAAGACAAAGAGCCGUUCAAAGCAGGGAGACCCUCUGUAACCUAAUGAUGCAACGAAAGAUUAUCACUAUUCCAGGCUUGAUCCGGACCUGGCACUGGUGGGAUCAUUACAAAUGUCCCUUUUGAUUUUCAUUUCGAUUGAACCAGCCUGACAGCACUGAUGAAAUUCAAGUCUGAAAAUUUGGAUUCAUGGAGAUCCGCUUUGAUUUAGUUAAAUAAAUAGUUCUGUGGAGCAGCUAUGAGUAGUCCGAGUCUUGUCUGCAGCAUUAUCUCUAUGAACAACUUAACUGUGGAGAUCUGGAGGGUAGUUUUACCUGGAGAGUUAAACUAACUGCUGGUCAGGAUUUGCCUAGUUGAAAAGCACAAGAACUUUGGUCUUAAGAAUCCUUGUGAUUCAUUCAAACACUGCUUUAAAUAUGUGUGUCUGAGUCUGUGAGCCACUUGGAGAUAUACAGUUUUCACUACAGCCUCAUUGCAACCGUAACAUGGUGUUCAUUCAAAAAGAGAGAGAAGGGGAAAAAAUUAUGUAAAAGUAAGAAUUAAAGAAUUUUUCACCAGAAUAUCUAGUUUUAAGCACUUGUUGUUUCUCAGAAAUAAUUUAUCCACAUACGAAAGAUAGCACAGCAGUGUCCAGUGUCUCCAUACCCUGUACUUAUAUAAAAAAAAAAAACAGGCAUAGUUGUUGUUUUUUCUUACUCAGCUUGUGAUCGGUCUCACCACUCUCUCUGUCUGCAGUGUGCUCCCUUUGCAUGGGAGUUUUGUUUUUCAGCUCAGCGCUCACUCAGCAUGAUUACAAAAACUUGAGCUCCAUGGGAACGCUAGUAGCUACAGAUGACACUCAUGCUGGCAUUUAGUUCUAUACUGUAGAGGUAUAUAGUUAGACGCACCUAGUCAAGUACACGUAAUGUAAAACUUGUUUAGCCAAGUACUUCAUGUUGUACAACCUUGAAGAGUAACUGCCUGAUGAUUAAAAAAAAAAAAAGUAGAGCAGUGGAAAAACAACUACAAUGUAACAGUUUAUCUAUAGAGGUGUCUGCUGUGGGUAAGGCAUUGACUGCUCAUAACCUCUGCACAGAACUCCAUAGAAGAAAUCUGAACUAUCCCUUUAAGACCUCUACACCAGUGAUUAUUUUACAUGUUUCAUUAUCAAGGAAAUUCUGGGUUAAUUCCUUGAGUCGUGGUGUGAAAACAUAUGAACAAACAGAGCUACUAAUGUAAAAUGACGGAAACUUUCCAUCUACAAUAAUAUGAGAUGAAUGUCAUUCCCACAAUAGUCCUUUUUGUAUUGUGACUUCUCAGCAGUGUAGUACUGG